GCAAGUAAAAUACCCUCGACUCCAUGGCCGCGAGUGAUGACAUCAUUUAUACUGCGACGUAUUUCUCUGUAUGUUGCGAUUGUAGGACAGUUUUGCAAAAGCAGCACCAAUACAACAAAAACGACGCAGUAAUUAUGGCCGAGGAUGCAUUUAAAGUUUCUUCUCUGAAAGGCAAAGUGACACUAAUAACAGGAGCCAGCUCAGGCAUUGGUGCUGCUGCCAGCAUCCUGUUUGCAAAACUGGGAGCCCAGCUGGCCUUAAAUGGCCGCAAUAUGGACAAUCUCGCAAAAAUAGCCAAACAGUGUACAGACUUAGGAGCAACUGAGCCCCUGUUAGUUCCUGGAGAUCUGAUUAAUGAAGAGGUGGUGAAAAGUGUGGUGGAACAGACAGUCUCUCAUUUUGGAAGGCUGGAUGUCCUGGUGAACAGUGCUGGAAUUCUGGCCAUGGGCAGUAUAGAGACGACUAACUUAGCCCAGUUUGACCAGGUUAUGAAUGUCAACGUAAGGUCAGUUUAUCACCUGACUCAACUCUGUGUUCCUCAUCUUAUCCAAACUAAGGGUUCCAUUGUGAACGUAUCCAGUGUGAAUGGCCAAAGAUCAUUUCCUGGAGUCCUGGCUUAUUGCAUGUCAAAGUCUGCCAUUGACCAGUUUACUCGUUGCAUUGCCCUGGAACUGUCCACCAAACAAGUACGAGUCAACUCAGUCUGCCCUGGUGUAAUUAUCACUGAGGUUCACAAACGUGCAGGGUUGGACGAGGAGCAGUAUGCUAAGUUCCUGGAGAAAAGUAAACAGACCCAUGCCCUUGGUCGCCCAGGGGAGGGUGAGGAAGUGGCUCAUGCCAUUGCAUUUUUGGCAUCUGAUGCAGCAUCCUUCAUAACAGGAGUCAAUCUUCCUGUAGAUGGGGGUCGUCAUGCAAUGUGUCCACGGUAACCAGUGCCAGUGAUUAGCCACUUGGGAAUUCAGUAGACGUAAUUUCUUUACAGCAGCCACAAACACUUUUAACAGCAAAGAAUAAAUUGAAUUGAAAAAUA